CUUACGUCAAUCGUCGCUAGCUAGUAGCAGGUUAUAAAAAAUAUGUGGAAUUAUGUUUUUAUAAAACUGUUAAACAUUUAUUAAUGAUUUUUAAGAUAAUUAAGCAUGCGAGACAUUGUCAACUAAAGUUAGUAUGUGAUAAUAUGUAAAAUCAGUCGUUUAGUGACUCGUGCCACUCGUGUAAAGCGAAAUGUAAACAUUGUCUUUUGAAUGUCUCGUUACAAAUUUCGCGGGCGUGAAAAAAAAUUGAUCUUGUGUUUGUUACAUGCAAAAUAUGGUGUACUUACAUUUUCCGUCAAAUCUAACCGAAGAGGAAUUGAUGUUACAAGCCAAAUAUAAUAAGCUUAAAAGAAAGAAAAAAGCGCUGCAAGAUUUGAAAUCGCCGAAACAAGAAGUCGAACGCGUACCACAGGCACCGAAAAGGCCAACGGAAGCACGAGAUGCGAGGGAAGUUGCGAAGAAAUUAAUCAAAUCCGGAGUCAUCACUGCUCCGAAGACUCGGAAACGGCCGGAACAAUCGUUCAAGAGGCCGCGUGGACUAGUAAGGAAAUUAAACAGCACGGAGAAGACAAUAAGUUCUUAUCAACCUUUCUCUGCUACUCAAAUGGAAGAAGAGGAAACAGAAACAGUGAAACCCAGAGUGAAAGAUCUGUACGAUAGUUUCGUAAGCGCCCAAGACACGGAAGAUCGGACUGGUGGCGAUGCUCAGCCACCGUCUGAGCAAGAAGCCAAACCGCGCGUAGGAAAUACGAUAUUUGUUUGCGGUUACAAAAUAUCGGAAGACUUCUUGAAGAAACAUUUCCAAACGUUUGGAAAUAUCUUAAAUAUAUCAAUGGAAGCUGAGAAAAACCGCGGGUUCGUCACUUUUGACAAAGCGGAAUCAGCCGAGAGAGCGAUAAGCGAAAUGGACGGCAGUAUGGUCUCCUCCGUUCAGUUGAAAGUUUCAUUGGCGCGGAGGCAACCGAUAAUAGAGCCUGUGACCGACGUCACGUCCAGCUCCAUGUGGUCGCCGAUCGCGGCGAACUAUUCCCAGAAAAGUGCGCACAAGGACAGGAGAGACUUGAAAGUGUACGAGGAAGAUCUUUUCAUGUGAACGCAAUGUUUCCCUUUAAUUUUUCUAUGGUUUCGUGGGAUAUGUUGCUGUUACAAGGUUACAGUACAUGGAAUUUAGUUUUAAAAUAAGAGUUGUACAUGUAGGUAUCAAAAAAUAUUUUCAACAAAUCGCGGAUGUCGAUAUUAUAAACUCGUGACUAGACAAACGAUCAAACAAGAUACAAAAUACGUUAAA